AUCGAAUUCAUUGACGCCUUGUACAGGUAGGGUGGUCUGUCACAUCCAUCGAGGCAUGAAUGCGACCAUCCACUGUCAGCCACAGGACCGACCCUCGCCGGCCGGCAAAGGAGGUCGCGGCCACACCAGCUACUUACAAACACGCCAUGAUACAUACACACACCCACACCCACACCCACACACCCAGAUGCAUCCCUUCCUACCUCUACAGACUCAGGCGUGCAUAGGUGCACGUCAGGUAUAUAUACAAAGUACACACCGGUCUUGGCUACCUCGCCGCCACCCGCAUGGCCCUUGCAAUGGCCUCGACCAAUGCGUCCGCCCCCUGCAGCCGCAUGCCUCGCCUGUUUCUCAUAUUGCCGGCACCACUCCCGCUGCCGCUGCCGGUGCUGGUGCUGCUGGUGCUGUUUUGCGUCCGUCGUUUGUUGCUCUUGGUGGGUGUCUUGGUGGCCGUGGGGCGGUAAGGGUGCACGAGACGCAGACCGGCCAGCUCGGGUACGGGCUCGGUCAAGGAGGCGGAGGACAAAUUCUGGACAGACAAAGGGAAAACAGGCACACGUGAAUGUUCAUGUGUGGAAGGGAGUCCCUGUCUGGGUCACCUUUCGUCUGAUGGCCAGCAUGAUGUCGAGGCCAUACUUGCGGGUGCCCACAUCCACACAGCCCUCGGCCAGCUCCUCCUGGCUGUCUUGUGAUUCCCUCACCCCCUCUCCCUCCUUGUCUGCCUCCCCCUUGUCGUCGCCGGCUGUGUUGCUCUCUUCAGUCUUCGAAGAUGCGAUCAUCUGCGCCAUGGACGGCCACGAGGGGGCGUACUGAGAUGCGCCGAAAUGCGAGUAGCUCCCACUACACGCAAUCCAUCCGUCCACCCGUCCAUCCCAUGUGCCAUGCGAAUGGAUUGGUGUGCAGAUCCGGACCCACCUGCUGUCGAUGGUAGGCAUGUCUGUAGUUGACACGUUGGAUUGGGAGUCGGCGCCGGUCUGCUGCUGCUGCUGCUGCUGCUGGAUGUCAACCAGCCGCUCGAAGAUCAGCAUGCUCUGCUGAUAGAACUCAUCCGUGUCAGGUGAAGUGGCCAGCGGGAUCGGCCUGAAUGCCAUGCGACCGACAAGGCAGACCAUCACACCCACCCAAACCGUCCAUCUCUUCUAUCCGCCCCCUUACCUGUUCUCAUCGAUCCAGGCCUUCUCGACGAACAUGACACUCUCCACCCAAAGGUCAGCCCGGCUCAUGCCCGCCACUCUGCCGCUCUUGAUCAGCUCGGCCAGGGAGGACGGUGGGCGCAUGAUGGGCUGCUGUUGGGGCUGAGAGGGCUGGGAGGAGGACGGCUGUUUGUGGUAGAAGGCCUCCUCGCCAAAAUACACCUCCAGAUGCCUCCCUGCGGACACGCGGAUGGAUGGAUGGACGGAUGGAUGGGCGUGUGCACAGAUGUGGUAUGUUAUGUUGUUCCGGUGGAUGUGUGUGAGGGGCAGAGCAGAGCAGCGCACCUUUGACGAGGUUGCCCUGUGUGUAGUUCAUCGCCUUGCACGCCUCCUGGCGGGACGCAUACCGCAGGAACCCUGCACACAACACAACACAACACAACCGACACACCGAUAGACAGACACUUAUGGCCGUGUGUCUGCGUUGUGUGUCGGUACACACCGAAUCCCUCCAUCUUGCCGUUGUCGUCACGAGCAACCCAACAUCUGAUGCACACAGACAGACAGACAGACACGGCAAGGCCAUGCAUUAAUGUACCUGCCCUGCAACAACCAGCCAGCCCUCCCCCGCACCUCUGCAGCGACCCAAACGGCGCGAAUAGGACCCGGAGGUCAUCGGCCGACCAGCAUUCGGGCACGUUGAACACAUACAGGCCUGAACCUGCCAUCCAUCCACAGCCACAUGCAAUAUUCAUCUCACUCACGCUUGUGUUCCCAUCCACCAGUAGUAUCUUGUGCUGGCGCUUCUGUUGCUGGCUGACGGGCGAGCAUCUGUCACACGCACGGACGCACGCAGGCGCAUGCAUCGCACACCCAGCCCAGCCGUGAUCAACACAUCUAUCUAUCUCCCGGCCUUCAUCGUUAGUUACCUUUCGGGAAGCGCCGUGGGUUUGGAUCGUAUGGACACCAGCAGCUGACGACAAACCCAUCCCAAACCAGGGUUCAAACCCUGCGGCCAU